GUGACCGACACAAAUGACAAUCCACCGGCAUUUGAUGUGCCCGUUUAUUCAUUUGAUAUACCAGAGAACGCCCCACGUGGUUAUCAAGUUGGCAUCAUAACUGCCACAGAUCCAGAUUUGGGCAACAAUGCUGUGGUCACUUACACUGUCAUCUCAGAAUGGGCCAAUGAUGUAUUCAGUUUGAAUCCGCAAACGGGCGUUCUGACGUUAACAGCCCGUUUGGAUUAUGAAGAGAUACAACAUUACAUUUUGCUUGUCCAAGCACAGGAUAAUGGCCAGCCAAGUCUAUCCAAUGCCAUAACGGUGUACUGUAAUGUUAUGGACCUGAACGAUAAUCCGCCAGUAUUUGAUCCCAUAAGCUAUUCAAUGGAGAUUUAUGAGAAUGUUUCAAUUGGAACACCUGUUGUGACGGUAAUGGCCACAGAUAUUGAUUCAG